CGGGGAAGCUUUACCCACAGAGAGCCGGGGAUUCUGCCUAUUCUUUUCCCACUCCCCCUUACCUACUCUCCACCCUCCAGCCCCUCCGCACUUACCGGCACAGCCUUCCUCUCCUCUCCCAGGGCUCCCCAAGCAGUCUCUCCCAAGCAGUCUCUCCCAAGCAGUCUCCCCUAGCAGUCUCUCCUAAGCAGUCUCUCCUAAGCAGUCUCUCCCAGCCCUGCAACGUCUCUCUGCCUCAGGAUUUGUGUGCUGUUCCUAUUCCCACCCCAUGCUGUCUCUUCCCUGCCUCCUUGUGCAGUCUCUCAGCCCUGCAACAUCUCACCCUGAGUCGGCGAAGUCUCUCAGCCCCCCUACAUCUGUGUGUCCCCCAGAGCCGUCAUUCUGCCCCCAAGUGCCCCCCUACCUGUCUCUCUGUGCCCAGAGCAGCCCAUUUCCACAAAACUCUUCUUUCAUUUUUUCCUGCUGCUGCUGCCGCCAGUGAAGUCUGUGCCAGUACCAAGGUGGCAGUGAGUGGCAAGGUGGCAGUCAGUGGCGGUGCCAAGGUGCCAGUCAGUGGAGGUGCCAGUCUGAUGCCGGGGCACCAUGAGGGCUGUACUAGAGGAGCUGGGCAUCCGGCUGCUGCUGUUCGGGGUGUUUGUAUUUACAGAGUUCUUAGAUCCUUUCCAACGCGUCAUCCAACCGGAGGAGAUCUGGCUGUAUAAGAACCCCUUGGUGCAAUCAGACAAUAUACCUACUCGACUGAUGUUUGCCAUCUCCUUUCUGACUCCCCUUGCUGUGAUUUUCGUGGUGAAAAUCAUCCUGCGCACGGACAGAACGGAGGUGAAAGAAGCCUGUUUGGCUGUCUCCUUGGCAUUGGCUCUGAAUGGAGUUUGCACAAAUACCAUCAAACUCAUAGUGGGAAGACCUCGUCCUGAUUUCUUCUACCGCUGCUUUCCUGAUGGAGUAUCCAAUGAGGAGAUGCAUUGUACUGGAGAUGCCAGCUUGGUGUCUGAAGGCAGAAAAAGCUUCCCAAGCAUUCACUCCUCCUUUGCCUUCGCAGGCCUGGGGUUCACCUCCUUCUAUCUAGCAGGGAAGCUGCACUGUUUCACUGAGCUUGGGCAAGGGAAGAGCUGGCGACUCUGUGCUGCCAUCUUGCCGCUGUAUUGUGCCAUGAUGAUUGCUUUGUCGCGCAUGUGUGACUACAAACACCACUGGCAGGAUUCCUUCGUGGGUGGGGUGAUUGGCCUGAUUCUAGCCUACCUAUGUUAUCGGCAGCACUACCCUCCCCUGACGCACUUGUCCUGCCACCGCCCGGCUGUGUGCCUGCGCCAAGUGGGCCCCCAGAAAAAGGAGGAACCGACGCCGACAGAGAACACUGAGGGCCUGAUGCACGAGGGCCUGACCGAGGGACCAGUAUGACCAGCAGUUGCUCCCAUCUGACUUGUAGAUGCAACCCUAACCUCAGCAAGGGGCUUAUCCCUGCACUGUGUAUAUGGGGCCACGCACUUCCAUCCAGUGUGACUGGCGCCUACAGUGACCGGACGCCACGAGGGCUGAACCCCCUAUCACUAUCCUUAUUGAUCUUCAUUGCUCAUAUCACAACUUUCAUUACUGCCCUUUCUUUAUCUCCGCCAUGAACUGCUAAUACUAUAACAAUUCUUCUACCCAGCUUUAAUAACGCAUUUCUGCUGUCAAAACCUUCGAUUGUAUCCAUCUUGUAUCUGUGCAGCCUGGACUUCAUAAAUCCAUUAGUGCCAUUCAGGCGGCUCACAAUACCGUGGCGUUGAGUAAAGUGUGGGAUCUGUCGGGCCCCCCGGUGGGUCGGCCAGUCAUUAUUAGGGCCUGUGCUUGGAUAGAGCUUCUGAUAACAAACUACAGGCACUAUUUUAUAUGAAUCUCCCCUUUUCUCUUACACCUUUUCCUAAACUCUGAUGGACCAACUAUAGGUGUAAAGGUGCUAUAGGUGUAACCGCCUCAGCUUGAUAGAUUCUCAGCCCCCUAUUAGCAUGAACUGCAGCUCCCAGGGUUUUUAGCCAACUCACAACAAUGUUUAAGGGUCUAAAAUCUUUACUUUUUUCAAGUUCUGAAAGCUUUUUCCAUCCUUUAUAGCAGGGCUGUCCCAUUGGCGGUCUGCAGGCCCUCGAGAGGGUUUUUAUAGCCCCCAGUUUGCUCCAAGGCUCCUUAGAAUUCACUUUAUUACAUCAUCAUUUUAAUAUAAUCUGGCCCUUGAAUGUGCCUCUACAUGUAAUAAGAUGGACAGCACUGCUUUAAAGGAUAAGUAAACCUUUAAAAUAAGUUGAUGUAAAAUUCCAAGAUAUUAAGGGUUUGAAGUACUGUUAAUAUGAAUGCAUUUUGUUAUAACAGCGCCACCUGCUGGUCACUUUCUGAACAUGAAGUAGUCAAGAACGGGGAAAGAAAGAAAGCGGGGUUGAUGUUCUUCAUGUUAGGAAAAACAUUAGAAACCUCAGAUAACUUUUGUCACGUCUUUCCUAACCAGAAGAACAUCAGCCCCGCCCUCUUUCUUUCUCCUGACAACGCCCUCGAAAAUGACCAGCAGGUGGCGAUGUUGUUACAAAAUGUUACAUCAGUACUUUCAACCCUUAAUAUCUUGGAAUAAAAAAUUACAUAAAACAAUUUCCAGAAACAAAAAAGCUGCUUUUUUUUCCUUCCCUUUUGGGGGUUGUUUAUACAGGAGCCUGACUGCCUGGUCUCACUUACCUGCAUUCUUCUGCCGUAGCUUGCAGUUCUGACCAUAAGCAGUCUAUGGAGGCAGUCAUACGGAGGCGGCGUUUGGUGUAAGCUCCUCCUUGUAACAAAAAGCAGAAUCCAUUGACAGUAUGGGUUUGUUUAAAAAUAUUAAAAGGCAGUUUCUACAGACUCCCCCACAGAGGGUUUUUGUACCAGCAUGGAGGAACAGCUGCAACAGAUAUGGAGCUCUAAUAUUGUCCUACAGAGCACCAAGAACGUCACGUCUGUUCCACUGGGCACAGUCCCCGGCCCUGAGCAUUUGUCAUUUUAUUUUAGAUUUUUUUGUGACCCAAUAUUUAAUUUUUUUUUGCUACAUUCACAAAUGGAUCAUUACAUUUAUUUACCCUGAACUACUUUUGAUUGACUUCCCCACAAGCUUUUCUACUUUGUUUUCAGCCAUUUCUAGGCUUACAGAAGCUCAAAGAAGUGCCCUUCAUCAUGAUCAAGCUGCUUGUGCGUGGGUAGAUGCGUUGAGUUGAUCUUUUGGUAAAGAACCCUCAAAGCAAUGCCCAAUUUGCUUACCCCACUGGUGGUAGAAAUCAGGACAAUCACAUGGCGUCCAAACCAAUGAUGAUGUCCCAUAGGGAAACCUGUACAGACCCUUCAAAAGAGGACAAUCUCCCCCAGCCUAAUGGUCUUCAUUCAACAAGAUUUCCAGGCUUCCAGAUUUAUAUCUGAGUAAACCCAAGAGCCCAUGCACUGGCUAAUAAGAUGUUAAAGAGUGGCCAAGCUGGCAGCCAGUAUAUACCAGCCUUCUGAUAGCUUCAACACAGUCCUUUACAGAGACCCUACAUCAUUCCCUGCUCCAGUGGUCUCAUUUACAAACACAGCCAAUAAACCAAACUCCUUUUCCAAGCUGGAAUCAAACUUACGACCAUGGGUCUGCAAGGCUACCUACAGAGCCACCGUACAUACAUAUAUAUUUACAAAUGUUACUAAUCACUUUCACAAUAUGCAAUUUUAUUUAGGUUUAGUGUUUCUCCGACCAAGCAAUGCCCAUAUGCUCAACUGCCUCCUAGCAGAGCUGAGAGUAGAAGAUAGAAAGAUAAUUCUGCCUCAUUGCUGGGAUUUACCAUCUGCUGGGAUGGUGAAGCCUUCUCAGAUAUCCCAUAGCACAAGGAUUGGUUCUACAUGGACCUCCAUGGAUUUUUAUGGCCCCAGCUUGGACAAGGGCCUCCAUAAAUCCAUCACUGUCCAGCCUACAAACCUGGGGCAUAUUGGAUUACAGACCCAGUACAUGGAAAAGGCUGGUUAGCACCACCAUUGAACAUCUGUUUGGAAUCCUGGUGUAGAACUAUUCUAACCUUUGUCUCAGUUUACAGCAUUUUUAUCCCUGUUUCCUGUGUAAAGAAAAGAAGUCACCAGUCAUACGUUCUACAGAACUUAAUGCAUGAAGUGUCAUGGGUGUCACUUGCAAGGGUCCGUGUGUUGUCCCAUUGGGGUUGGUGAGCCGCACGUACACAACUUGUGCAAUGGUGUCUUUUCAUGUGAUCUCAGAAGAUUGUAUGUUGCACUUGCAGCCUGGUGACUGUCCAAUGAGGAAUGCUUUUAUAACUUGCAGAUGAAUGCAUGCUGCACACAGUGUUUCUAUGUUCCAGGUUUGUGUUGCGUCCUAUUGUCGUCCGUAUAUUGUUGGUGGUAGAUAAAGGCCACCUUCCUUAUCCAGACAGUGAGUUUGUCAAAUUCUGAAACUAUAGCUGGCCAUACACAAAGGGUCAGCCCGGGGUGUGUGAAGCCUACUGCAACUGCACCACCAACUGCCCACACACCCAAUGCCUGCCCCCCCAUGCAUACCUGUAAACAAGGGGUGGGUGGGGAGAAGCAGUGGGAAGUGGCAGGUGUGGAUCAGUUCUGGGUCAGCAGGGCCCACCCGGCUUUUUACUGGCACCCUGCCAGCCCAAUCCGACCCUUCAUACGCAGUAAGGUCCACUUGCUUGGUGACCACAUGCUUGUCCCCCAAGCCAAUGAUUGGAUCAUACAGUUGGAAACCUGGCAAGGCUGGCACCAGUGUCUCAAUAUUGUUUUUGACCAACAGGAUUUGCUAACAUAUCUGAUAGAUAUCUGCCUCAUUUUUGCCCAUAUAUCAGUUGGGCAGGCCAGUCAGUGGGCCCCUUACCCAACCAAUAAGCUGCUGACGUAGUCUUUUAUAAGCCCAUGUACGGCCCUUAUUUGCUUGCCCCUACAGUGUGACUAUGCCAAUAGGUUUAGAAGUAGCACAUACUAGGAACUGAUGUGUGUCUGUAGCCCAGAGAUGGAUAAACUGUGGCCCUCUACCUGAUGCUGAGCUUAAUAGAUGAGCACUAUCUGGUGGUCCGCAGUCUGGCUAUUGCUAAAGAAUCCUACUCAUUCUUUUGUUUAGGUUGUGUCUAGAAUAUUUACUGUGCAGUUUUCUCCAAACAGGAGCACCCCCAGUGAUUUAGCCUUUCUUUCUCCUUUAAAAUGCUGCCUAGUUGUCAGGGUCACUGACCCCUGCUACCAGAAAGCAAGCUAAACUGAUUUUUUAUUCCGAAUGUUCAUCCAGACCCUCUCCUAUUCAUCUUUCAUUCUGUCAAUUAAACCACUGCCCGGUUGCUAUAAGAAGUGGGACUACCAAUCACAUAACAAUUUAUGUGUAACUUAUAUUUGUUUUAUUUUUCAGUUGUAUAGAAAACAAAGUACAUUGCAAUAAGAAAGCAUAUAUCAAGUUUCAAUCGUCAGGGGAGAAACAGAACAUUGCUUCCAAUGAUAAGUCGUUUGUAUUGUAUCUUCUUUAUCUGUAGAAAUCAAAGCGUGGGAAUGAGUAUAUAACAUCAAAUUAUGAGAUAUAUAGGUACGUUAUGAGCUAACGAGAGCAAAGGGUCAACAAUAUAGCAAUAUAGGCAGUGGAUUGCUGAUGGGAGUCCCCAAUAUAGGCUUAAUUAGGUGGCCGAGCCUGGAAUUCCCAGAGAUCCCAAACUUUCAGAUAUUGGGGAUAUUGUUGUCUUCUAUCUAUAUUCGAAUUGAGACCUGAGGAGUAUUUUAGAAAAAUAAAGCAGCGAUCAGGUACAGGCAAGGGAGGCCUUCUGUUUAGUAUGGUAAGAAACAGACCAUUUUCCUUGUCCUUUACAGUACAAAAUGGAGAAUUGCAGAACAAAAAUGUUAAAUAUUUCAGAAACUAAAAUAAAAAAGGAUCAGUCCCAGUUUUCUUUAGACUGUCCCCUGUCUAUAACAUAUACAGUUAAUUUCAAGGUCAGCCAACCCCUUUAUUAUUUCCAUCAGACAAACAAAGAGGGCAAAUUAAAAAGACAAUGGGUCAUUUAAUAGCACAAAGGGAAUCUGAUUAAUUUAUAAUAUUUUUUGGUGUAACAAACACUCAUUACAAGGACAAUGAAAUAUGAAAUGAAUAGCAUCUGGUUUUGAUCAGAGUAUUACUUUUAUUUAUAUUGUUAUAAAAGAUAUGUUUAUACAAUGGUGUAACUAUAGAGGGGGGGGCAGACCCUUUGACUGCAAGGGGUCCCACUCCUGCUUUUUAAUACAAUAAUGAUGCACAAAGGGGGGCAGUGGCCUGUGGGUGGCAGGGGGGUGAACCAUAGGCCCCCAAGUUAGGGCCACCUGCGUUAUACCCGCAUACUAUUUCCUAUAAGGGGAACUUUUAUAGUAUUUAAGGUAUAAUCUCCCUACAUACAUCACCAAUGGCUGUUUUAUCUCUAUGAGAGAGGCAGCAUAGGGGCAAUAAUAUGGGGGCCUCAGUCAUUUCUGGGAUCAUGGGUUCCAGUACUUAGUGCUAUUCAAUAUGGCAUGUUGUCCCCAAGUCUUACACAUGUGUUGGCCAUGUCUGUAGAUCACCAGUACAUUACCACCUGUAUUAACGUCUGGCUCCGCCCUAGGCACUGGGGCCACACCCCUCAGCUGGGGAAGUUUUUAUUUACCAUAUAAGCACCCAGACUCUGCCCCCCUAAAGCUCUCGACCAAGGCAUGGGCCUAGGGUUGCCACCUCUCAGGCUUCUUCUUACUGGCCAGGGCAGGUCAAUGGGGGAUCGGGUCCAUAACAUCAGGGGCAAACCGCUGGCAUUAAGAGGGGUGGGGCCUAAAGUCAGUGGGCUACAUUCAUGGGGAAAUAGUUUGAGGGCUGGCUAGAAAGGGAGCUGUAAGAGGGGAUAGGAGGCGGGCUGGAGGCAGAUCAGAGUUGGGCUGGGGGCGAAGGGCAAGGUGUUACAAUUACCUGGCUGGUAUUUUACCUGCUAGGUCAGUGAAAUACUGGAAAGGUGGCAAACCUACAUGGGCCCAUGGGUGCCUGGUAAAUGUGGCCCUACUUGUGACUCUUCAUCUGUUACAGGGAUACAACUCUCAGCCUCAGAUCCUAGUGGUAGUUCUGCCAGUGCUAUUGAUUGACUGGUCGCUUCUUUAUUUUCAUAUUAUUAACCUGAAGGCAAACUUCCCCUUGUUAUCAUUAUUGUAAUAUUCCCUUCUUUUAUCUGCUUGUUCCAAUGUGAUGGUUACCAUAAAAUCCAUGAUUAUCAGCAAUAA